GAUGGCGGCGCGUCCCGUCGGCGUCUUCCGCCGACCGGCGACCCAAUGAGCGGCGGGGAUCAGCCGGAGGCGCGGGCACGGAUCCUCCGGCGGCGCCUUAGCCUGGCCAAGUUAGCCGGCCGCUACGCUAACUGGUAGCUGCUCGGAUUGCUGUGAUACGAUGUCGUUUGUGAAGGUGACCCGCUCGAACCGCGGUGUGGGGAAGAGGCCGGCCCGGUCCAGGAAGGCACCUGUGCCUAAGCAGGAGUGGGUGAGCACCAUUCAAGACCUAAAUGUGCACAAGGCCACACCAGAGGAGCUGAGACGGAGGCAUGAGAUGCACAGGUCUCAGAACAGGGCGGUGGCACAGUGGGAAAUGAAGGAGCGUGCCCUGAGACGCAGAAUAAAGAGCAACCCUCCCAUCAGCCCCGCCCAGCUCAACCCCGCCCAGCUCAACAUCAUCAGAGAGGUGUUCUCGGAUCAGUACCGGCUGCAGGACGUUCUGGCCCGCUCCGACCGAGCCCUCGCUGUGGUGAAGGACCUGUUCGGCGAUGCUCCCUCCAGACAGACAGGGUUCCCCAAUGUGACUGUGGCCCCUGGAUCUGCACCCGACCCCCAGCUUCCGGUUCCACUGAAGCCAGAACCCCAAACCCAGCUGUCUCUCCUCAGCCAGUCCGUCAUGGAUGCCCAGGCCCUGAAUGAGGUGGAAGACGUUGGGGGAGAGUACAGUGAGGAAGAGGCUGACCCUUCAUCCUCCGUCACCCUCAACUCCAACCCGGACACCAGCAGGAGGAUCAGGCAGCAGGCACGGGCCCGGGUUCGAGGGUCAUCCCACAGCCCCCUGCAGACUCACUCUGCCCCAGCGCAGCAUGAAGCCCUGAACGCCACUGUGGCGGUUCGGCGUGUGCGGUCCCGGCAGUCUGAGUGUUCGGGGGACCAGUGCUCGGUGCUGGGGCAGGUUCUGAACCCUGACCCAGCUCCGGUCAGUCCUGGCAGGGCCAGCAGGGGGCGGUGUGCGGAAGCUUCCGGACAGGACAGUUCAGCGCUGGGCUCUCAGAGCGGGAACCAGACUAGCCUGGAGCUGCUGCAGUGCAUGCUGGGAGAGGUGGAGUCGGAGUUGGACUGUCUGGAGCUGCAGGAGCCGCUCAGCACUGGGGGGCCACAGCUCAGAACCCCCCCUCUCACAGGCUUCUCUGCGUCCCUGCUGCGCACCGUGGCCCGGCUGGCCCGCUGCCUGAGACAGAGUGCUGAGGAGGUGCGGAAGGAGGCGAGGGAGAGGAGGAGGCUGGAGGAGGUGGUGGAGGAGCAGAGAGGCCUGAUCGAUGCGCUGAGCGCUGAGACACUGGCCCUGCGGGAGGAGAGCACCGCCCUGCAGGCUCGGCUGGAGCAGCGAGUGACGCAGACAGAGCUGCAGCUGGACACUCUGCUGCGCAGGAGGGGAGGAGCAGGGUACAGAGAGCAGCCUGAGACAGACAGCAGCAGCUCAACACGGGAGCGAGCCCAGGCCCUGCAGUACCCGGCUGUGGACACCAGGGGUCGAUGUGGUGGCGAGCGGGUGGCAGAAGGGCGUGGUCCGUCUCCCGGGGGAGGCCCUCGCCUCGCGGAGACCCCCCCCCUCCUCGGGGAGUCCCAGGAUGCAGUGCUGAGUCAGAUCGCAGAGCUGACCCGUCAGAAUGCGCUGAUCCGAUCCCAGCUGCAGCAGUACUGCUCACUGCCAGCGGGGGCAGCGUCGAGCCAGCAGCACAGCACAGCCGAGAGGGAGCCAGCAGCCACACAGGGCCGGGGACAGCAGACAGCGCCCCCUGCUGGCCCUGCAGUGAGCUGUGUGGAACAGCGCCUCCUGGAGCUGAACAGGCAGAGUGCGGCGGCACGGCACAGACUGCUGGGGCUGAUCGAGCGGCAGACUCGUGCGUCUGAGGGCGGAGCCUCCCCCUCCAUCUCCCCCAUCCCCCCCGCGACCCACAAUGCACCUGCAGAUGAUGGGGGAAGGACCCCUGAGGCGUCCGCGCUGCCUGAACAGAACUCUUCACCUGCUGCCAGCAGCUGUGGGAGCAGGUUAGCAGGGGGAGACGGCAAGGUCACCAGCCAGCAGAGCCAGGCCGGUAAACUGAAGGAUGACGGAUGGUUUGCGCUCUCUGCUCAUGUGCACUGACACGCCGGCGGCAUGCUCUCGACACGCCCCUGACCCCCCCGCUGCGGACAGCUGGACCUGCACCCACACAAACGCCAGA